AUGAGGGUGGACAACGAGGAGACGGUGUUCAAUGUCUACAAGGCGAUUAAACUUCCCUGCCAUUAUGAGGAGCUCUCUAUGAUACCUAUUGUGGAGGUGGAUGAGAAACUGAUAGAUCAGAAUGUAUAUCUAGACGAUUCUCUAGAGAAAGCACUCAUGUUGUUCGAUAGCUUGGAAAUUAAUGACGAGGUUAAGGAGAUGAUGCAUAUUGAUGCAUCUUGUGUCUACAUUCAAGGAUUAAACCCCUUUGAGCCCUUAAAUAGGCUGAGUGGGCCUCCACCAAAGCCGUCAAAUGAAGAGGCUCCAAAAUUGGAACUUAAACCUUUGCCCUCUCACCUUCAAUAUGCUUAUUUGGGUGGCUCUGACACUCUACUUGUUAUUGUUUCCUCUGACUUAUCUAAAUUGCAUGAAGAAAAGUUUUUAAAAGUGCCGCAUGAGCAUAAGCGAGCCAUUGGGUGGAUGAUGUAUUUCCAUUUCAUGGUACGAGAAGAUAUAGUCUUGGGGAACAAGGUGUCCAAAAAUGGUCUGCAGGUGGACAAGGCAAAGGUGAAGGCGAUUGAGAAAUUUCCCCCACCAACAUCCGUUAAGGGCAUUCAUAGUUUCUUGGGCCAUGCAAGUUUUUAUCAUCGCUUCAUUAAAGAUUUUUCAAAAUUUUCUUCACCUAUAUGCAGUCUUCUUGAGAAAGAUAUCCCUUUCAAAUAUGAUGGUGCUUGUCUGAAAGCAUUUGAGAAGCUGAAGAAAUGA